CAAAUGUAUUAAAAAUGAAUAAGUAGAAAGAAACGCAUCUCUCUGGCUCUCUCCGCCUCCCUCUCUCUCUCACCAUCUGACUCUCUCGUUGCGCUCGCCGCCGGUCUCACCGCCGCCGCCCGGGCCGCCCGGACCCGCCUCCUCCGUCAGCAGCGCUGCAAGUCUGCAGCAGUCAACCUCUCCAGCUGCACCAGUCAGGCAGACAGCAGUGCGCUUCUUCGGCCUUCACAGCAGCAGCCAGCAGAAUGGGGGAGCUCAUGGUUGAAAAGCAUAUCAAAUAUAUCUUAUCAAUUGAAAAGAAAAAGGAUGAUUUUGCGUCUGUGGUGAUGGAGCACCUGAGGUUAAAUGGCGCUUAUUGGGGAUUGACUACUCUUGAUGUUUUAGGAAAGCUUGAUGCAGUGGAUCAAGAUGAAGUUAUUUCGUGGAUCAUGCAAUGUCAGCAUGAAUCUGGUGGCUUUGGUGGUAAUGUAGGGCACGAUCCUCAUCUUCUCUACACACUAAGCGCUAUUCAAGUUUUAGCACUAUUUGACAAGAUAAAUGUUCUUGAUAUUGAGAAGGUUGCCAGUUAUAUUGCAAGCCUUCAAAAUGAAGAUGGAUCAUUUUCUGGUGACAUUUGGGGUGAAAUAGAUACCAGGUUUUCUUAUAUCGCGAUAUGUUCUCUCGCAUUACUACAGCGUUUGGAUAAAAUAAAUGUAGAAAAAGCUGUAGAGUACAUUGUUAGUUGCAAGAAUCUAGAUGGUGGAUUUGGAUGCACACCUGGAGCAGAAUCUCAUGCAGGACAAAUUUUCUGCUGUGUGGGAGCUCUUGCUAUCACUGGUUCUUUAGAUCAUGUUGACAAGGACCUCCUUGGAUGGUGGCUAUGUGAACGACAAGUAAAAUCCGGAGGUCUGAAUGGGCGUCCUGAGAAGCUUCCUGACGUCUGCUACUCAUGGUGGGUUCUUAGUAGUUUGAUUAUGAUCGAUAGAGUUCACUGGAUCGACAAAAAGAAGCUUGUUAACUUCAUCUUGGACUGCCAGGAUAAAGAGAAUGGUGGAAUCUCGGAUAGGCCCGAUGAUGCUGUUGAUGUCUUCCAUACCUAUUUUGGUGUCGCUGGUCUUUCACUUCUUGAAUAUCCUGGACUCAGAGCUAUAGAUCCAGCUUAUGCACUACCUGUGGAUGUUGUAAACAAAAUUUUCCUCACCAAAUAAAUGUAGCAGCUGAAACCUCAUAGUUGGUUAAUAAUUUUUUAGUGCUACACAUAUUUCUCUUUUGGCUAUGAAUUAUAUUGAUUAUUCAGAAACAGAAUUGUCUUCAUCAAUGUUGAUAUACAAUUGUUGUUAGUUCUGCAUACUUCAAAAAUAUGCUGAAA